UGUCCUGUGGGGCUGAGGCCAAUGAAGGAUGGCUCAGGUUGCUAUGACUACUCCAGGGGCAUUGACUGCACGGAUGGUUUCAAUGGAGGCUGUGAACAGCUGUGUCUCCAGCAGCUCGUGCCCCUCGAAGAUGACCCCAGUUCCAGCAAUGUGCUCAUGUUUUGUGGGUGUGUGCAGGAGUACAAACUGGCAGGGGAUGGGCGUUCCUGCCUUUUGCAGUCAGACAACUGUGAAGGACCUAAAUGCCCAAGACAGGAUGUCCGCUUCAAUGACACCCUGUUUGGUGAGAUGCUGCAUGGAUACCACAACAAAACCCAGCAAGUCAACUUGGGACAGAUAUUCCAAAUGACCUUCCG